AUGUUGCUAGCAGCACAGCCGUCCGGUGCGAUCCGAGCGUGGCGCGACGGCGAAAAGUUCCAGCCCCUUGAAGCGCCCGCUAGUGGCGGUAGUGGCGACAAUGGCGACAGCGGGUCCGUCUACAUCGUGCACCUGAGUUCCGCACCACCCUUGGUUGAAUACCGCGGCGGAAUUGCGGGCUACCUUGCCACUGCCACGUGGGAGGACGGCAGCAGCGAGAACAACGGGGAUGACGCCGUACCGGAGAUCGAUCUUCAAGACGCCGCUAGUAAUGAUGCCGAGCCGGCAGGGCCGAAUGCAGCGUCUUCGACUCGAAGGGCGGCGAAGCAUGAAGCCGUGGACUUGGACGACACUACUACGACUCCUAGCUCUGUCCACAGCGCUGCUGACAUUGCCAAUCAUGCCAGGAGUUCCACCUUUUCGGGCCCCAACGCAACUGUGUCUUCGCCCGCGGCGUCAAACGGUGGCAACGGCGAGCGCAAAAGGCGCCGAAUGCGGCUGAGCAUGGACCGGCCGCAUAUGGCGGCGUUCGCGACGCUGCUGCAGCGGCAGCAGGCGCAGGUGGCAUCUGAGGCGGGCUUCCUCAAGCUCCCAGGGAAGGUCUGGCCGGCCGUGGGCGGUCAGAGCAAGGCGGGCUACGGGACUGUGGUGGGGAUUGUUGAUACCGGCAUUUGGACCGAACACUCGUCGUUCAGCAAUCAAGGGAUGAGCUCGAAACUCCGGUCUGGGUGCAAGGGCAAGUCAACUGGCUGUCGCCACGCGAUGGCAACGGCCACGGCACGUGGUGCGCGGGCGCCGGCGGGGAACCCCGUGAGCAUGCACGGUGGCGGGCAGAUGAGCGGCAUGGCGCCUGCAGCUCGUCUGGCAGUGUACAAGGUCUACUGGUCGCGCAACAACGGAAGUGGUGUGUGCAACGGAGCAGACAUCGCGGCGGCCAUUAAUCAAGCCGUGGCGGACAGAGUGGAUGUGAUCUCCAUCUCUCUACCAGGCGUGGAUCCGAGCCAGGACUAUUUCAGCGACCUGCUAUAUCUGAGGACCAUUACUGCGGGGGUGUUUGUGGCCCUGGCUGCAGGCAAUGGAGGAGCCCCUGGGCGGUCGCAGGGAGGUGUUUACCGCACGGUGGCCAAUUUCGGACCCUUCGCCCUUUGCGUUGGUGCUAGUCAUGCUCGGAACGUUUACUAA